AUGGCCAGGUGCCGAAACGCUGACCUGCCCCUCACCACGACGGACAAAGUCAACUUCAUACUGACUGGGAACUUUAAUCAGUCCUACUUAGGGCAAGCCUGUCAAUUCUAUAAAAAAGACGGAAGUAACACAUACACAGUUGAAGUAGAGGUUGGCUGGGGUGAACCGGACACGCAGAUCAUUCAGCAGCGCAAGAUCCACACCAUAUCCUGUGCUUACGACGCCCAUGGAAACGCUAUCUCCUCAUCGGAAACUAUCAGCGAUUGGUUUUUAAAUCCUUGGGAAGCCCAAACAUUGCUGGGUGGAAAUUCCUCGGCUACUUUCGUCCUUGAGGUGAUUGAUGUACUCGAUCGGGAGGUCACCUCGGAUUACAUUUCUAUUGGACGAAAAGUCCGACUGAUGGCGCAAGACAUCUCUGGUCAAGCUGUAUCCUUCAGAGCUCUAAGCUGUUCUGCCCAAAAUGACGUCAGCCGAUAUUACGUGCUCCGUGCAGGUUGUGGAGAUGGUUUGGUUUUCCCCAAAACCUCAGGUUUCCAGACCGUUGGCAAUAGAGUGUACAGUCCGUAUUUUGACGCCUUCAAGCUGUCUGGCCCUGACGACACAGUAGAAUUUCAGUGUCGUUUUAUUGAAUGCCCUGGACCAUGUAAUGGGGUGUACAUGCUCGAGUUACAGACGUACAUUCCGGAAGGCCCUGUGUGA